CGGCCGCCUUCUGCCGGCCUCCCGGGGGGAGAGGGCGGCCCCUGGGUGUCCGGGCGGGUCCCCGUGUCCGUGCCACCCGAGGGGGGCCCGGGGGGGCGGCGGUGGCGGCGCUGGAGCCGGAUCUGGGUGCGGGCGGGCGGCGAGGCUCGGUCAGGGCGGCAGCGGCAGCCCGCCCGCCGCCAUGAGCGGUGUGCCGCCGGCCUGCUGGUCCCCGCUGCCGGCCCAGGCCGCCUCGCUGCUGGAGGAGGCGGCCGACCUGCUGGUGCUGCACCGCGACUUCGCCGCCGCCCUGGAGCGGUGUGAGGCGGGCUGCGGCAGCCUGGGGCCCGGCACCGGCCCCAACACCGGCACCGGCCCCGAGAGUUGUGCAGAAGUCAAGUGCUCCCUCUGUGUCGUGGGCAUUCAGGCGCUGGCUGAGAUGAACCGGUGGAGAGAAGUUCUGUCAUGGCUCCUGCGGUAUUACCAGGUCCCUGAACAUCUGCCUCCAAAGAUCCUGGAGCUGUGUAUCCUGUUGUAUAGCAAAGUGGGAGAGCCCCAGGUGAUGCUGGAGGUUGGCAGUAGCUGGCUGAGCAACCUAAGCAAUAAGAGCCUUCCUGAGUAUAGUUCGUUGCUGGAGCUCUAUCUGUUGCAUGUGUUGCUUCCACUUGGCCAAUUUAAGGGGGCAGAAGAGCUCGUAGACAGCUGCGAUGUUUUAAACAAUGAGCAGAAGCUCGCAUUUCUUAACACCAUUUGUGAAAGCCAAUGUCAGUGGACUCAACAGGAAGAUACGCACUCAACUGAUGAAGAGGAGCAAGACAAAGCAACAGAGACUGUUUUGGGUGCUCUGUCCCAAAAGCUCUUAACCAUGUUGACAUUGCUACGAAGAGCACUGAGGUCCAUGUCAAGCCACUUCUAUUUACUUCCUUACAAAAAGAUGCUCUUGGCUACUUUUCUGCUGUACCUUGUGGUAGUGAGAUUAGAUCCGGCUUCUCCCACAUCAUUGCCAUUCCUUUGCAAACUGGUCCAGCUCUUCCGCCAGGCUUGGGCAGCUGUAUUGUCUCCAAUCCAUAGGCCUCCAAUUCGAGAUUAAGUGUAUUCCACCACAGCACGUUUUUCUCUGCUGCUGCUGCAGUGUCAGCUUGUCUUGAGGACUUCAUGAGGCUCUUCAAGGACUGUUGAGAUCUGUGUCCUAAUAGAGAUGACCACCUGUGAACUCCUGUGUAGCAGUACCUUCAUUUCUUCAGACAGGGAAUGGUGGUAUAUGAAUUUUGAAACCACCAGAAGUAUCCCUAACAUUUUCUUGUCUACUAAGCAUCAGUCUGUCCAACUCUAGGGUAAAGCCCCACCUUCCAUCAUCUAUAACUGGUUAAGGUGCUCAUUUGGAUGUAGCCCUUGAGUGCGAGUUGUAUGGACAGUUAGGAAGUGUGCUGCCUGAGAUGUUUUGGAAGAAGUUUCCAUCCUUGCAAUACCGGGCAGUUCACUGAACAACUGCAGUCACAUUCAUGGAAGCAUGACUGUGAAAGGCACUGGAGAACCAGUAAUUAGGGGAAUAUUCUGUUUUGCCUGAAGACAUCUAAAAUGCCCAGUUCAUCCAGCAUGGGAUGUAGGACAAGCCUGUGGAAGAAAAACGCUGCAGAAAAUGAAGCCUGUUGCAUUUUGAAGAUCGUGGUUUCUCUUGUGACUGAUACCUCCUCAUACAGGCACCCUUGAUUUUGGUCAUAUCUAAGCCAGAAAACCUAGGUGGUGUGCCACAAAUACUGUUGUGCUGCACCUACGGUUCUUAAAUGCAAAUGACAGUGCUUUAUGUUUGCCUGAUGUGCAGUAAUCCUUAGGAGUACGUGGCAGUGGUAAGGAAAUAGAUUUAUUUUUUUAAACGGUAUUCCAUAUUAUUGUCUAGUUGAACAACAACAACUGAAGUUGUUGCAUUGUUUUACUCUUUCCCCACCUCUUGCUUUGUUUAUGUAGAUGUCAGAAAGUCUCUGUGUGUCUAGAACCCAUCUUUCCACCCCUACAUCCAAAGUCCUGAUUUACAUGGUAACCAUUUAGCAAUGUCCUGUCGUUCACAACAAAAGCUUAUUAAGAGGUAGAAAAAGAUUUCUCUGCUAUCCUCAAACCUUCCCAAAACUGUAGCAAGAAAAUUGCUGUAUUUGCAGGUGGUUUGUUAGCAGACUGGCCCCACUUCUGACCACCUGGGGCAGAGACUGGAGAUUUGCAGUAAAACAAUUUCUUCUCCAUCCACCCAUCAUAGACUGACAAUGAGUAAUGCCAAAGGAGAGAGCGCAGAUUAUUUAAAUAUUGCUUCUGCUGAACUGAAGCAAACUGUGUGCUGGAGAGAACAACUUAGGGGCACGGAGCUGUUGUGGCAAAUGUAGGCAGCCUUCCUAGCAUCUGUGCCAAGAAGAUGCGGGCUCGCUGACAUCAGUCAAAAUUACAAAAGGGGAAACAAAGUCACCUUUCUGGCAGGCAAAUCCUGUAUAACACACCAAACUUGUGAAAAGCAGCCUCUAUGUAUCCCACUGCAGUGUAUUGUAACAGUAUCCCCCCUCAAAUUGAUUGAUUGUCUCUAGCAAUAGCUAUACACUGAGGUGGCAGCUAUUUCUGUUUUUUGUUUGUUUGUUUGUUUGUUUUUACAGGGAGAGCAGCCUUUCGGUGUCAUCAUGCUGUGUGCGCUCUGCUAAAAUAAUUUUCUCUAGUUCCUGAGUUAUCCCAAUAGGGAUAAGUGAGAUAAAGUGGGGCAGCUCACCCAUGAAUGCAGAAAACAGUAAUCACCUUGCCUAGUUAGAUGAA